GAGUUUGUUGAGCGAAAGGUGGAGUAGAACCUCAGCCUAUCCCACCUUCAAGCAAUUUCUUAUUUUUUAGGGUUAGGGUUUCCCCCAGAUCUCACUAAUUCCCAUUUGAUCCCCCCAACUUUCAUCGAUCCUUGAUCGCAUCCCUCAUCGUAUUCAUCGUCUCUCCCUUUCUCUCCGAUCGUCUCCCUUUUCGUAAAUUAUGGUCGCGAGCUUUUCCAUGGUUUCCAGUCUCUCCGUUAUCAAAUCGAAUUCGCUCCCGAUCCUUUGUUCCUCUCACUGUUGCAGAAAUUAUAGGUUUUCUCGUAUGAUCCUGUGAUUUUUUUUUUUUUGGUACAAAAAAGAAAAUUUUAGGGUUUUAAUGGGGCUUUUUGUGUAAAUGGUUGUUUGUAUGUAAAUACUUGGGAAAAAUUUAGGGUUCUCUGUUGAAUUUGUGUGUAAUUGUGAUUGAUUGUGUUGGGUUUGAAUCUGAGGCUAUGUAUAUUGAGGAAUUGAAAGGAGGAGAAUUUGGAAGUGGGGAAAAGGGGAAUUUGUCCCCUGGAAAUAGAGAUUUUGAUAGCAGGAGUAUCACACGGUCGGAUGCGAAGCGGGUUUUGAUCGGUGCAGGAGCUCGUGCGUUGUUUUACCCGACUCUGCUUUACAAUGUCAUUAGGAAUAAGCUGCAGGCUGAGUUUCGGUGGUGGGAUAAGGUUGAUGAGUUUGUAUUGUUAGGUGCAGUUCCAUUCCCUACUGACGUACCUCGCUUAAAGGAUGUCGGAGUUGGUGGAGUCAUAACACUUAAUGAGCCAUACGAGACUCUGGUUCCAACAUCUCUUUAUCAUUCUCAUGGCAUUAACCAUCUGGUGAUUCCUACAAGAGACUACUGCUUUGCACCAUCACUCAGUGAUGCAUGUCGUGCUGUAGACUUCAUUCAUGAAAAUGCAUUAAGUGGACAGACAACAUAUGUUCACUGUAAAGCUGGACGGGGGCGUAGUACGACCAUUGUAAUCUGUUACCUGGUCCAUCACAAGCAGAUGACACCUGAAUCUGCUUAUGAUUAUCUAAAGUCAAUUCGGCCGAGGGUGCUUUUAGCCUCUGCUCAGUGGCAGGCUGUCCAGGAAUACUACUACUUAAUGGUGAAGAAAGCUUUUGUUUACAGUCACCUGCCAGAUCUGAUGAUGGCACCGCUUCAGUCUGCUUCCUCACACAAUCUAGUUGCAUUUGAUGAACGCUCUGUGGUAGUGGUAACAGAAUCAGAUCUUGAAGGAUAUGAUGCAAGUUUCCAGUCUGGCGCCGUGGGAAGUGAGAUUUGGGCGGACUUAAGUGUGGUUUAUCGGGUGCGAGUAGCCGGUCAGGCAGCUCUUGCAAGAAUCUCAUGUAUGUGGCUCCGCUUCGGUGCCCACCAGAAGAUAUCAGGAGAGAAUUCGGGCAGGAGGGCUGAUCGUCUGAGCGGCAUUAGUGUGGAUAUACAAGUCUACUGAGGCGAAGCCUUAGAAAAUGCAUACAAGUUGUUUGCUAAGCUUUUAUUUUUCUUUAUACUUUAUCGUACAGAAAGUGGGAAUAAUUGAGUAAAAUUGAGUCGCUACUUCUACCUUGAAUCGAAAUGAAGGAAAGUUGUGCAUUUUGGUUCAAUUAUAUGGUACAUCAACAACAACAAAGCUUUUUCCCAAAGUGGGGUCAGUUAUAUAAAUCCAAAAAUACCAUUGUGCUUGGUU